UUGCCGCCGAUCAAAAUGCUGUUGUUGUUUUUUAUUUCAUAUGUUCAACUUCCUUACAGUAGAGAAAAAUGAUUCCAAUCUCGAAUGAUAUAGUCGAUAGAAUUUGCCGAUCCGCUUUAUGUUAAAUAAUAUUAUUAGCGCUGUCAACGAUAAGAGCUAUUUCACAAACGAUAAGUCUGCGUAUAAGGAUUUGAUAUCAAACCACAAACUGCACCUACCCAACAUGGCGGGUUUGUUGUCUAAACGGGCCAACAAAGCCUUGGGGAAUCCGGAUUUCUUAGUACGUUACCUCCUAGAAGCACUUGGUAAUGCAUACGACCUAACAGACAACCCUGGUGGCAUAGUCAACCUUGGUACGGUGGAAAACAAAACAUGUGAGGACAUAUGGCUGAAAAAGGUAGAGGAAUUGGCACCAUCAAUUGUCGAGAAGUCAUCGCUGUACUAUUACAACUUAUCGGGACUUGACACACUACGUCGAAGCAUUGGCGAGUUUUUGGCAACUAAGUUAGAACUGCCAAAGCCUCUUGAUCCUGAAAAGAUAAUCCUACUUGAUGGAGUUACCGCUAUACUUAACGCUGUAGCACUGGCAAUCGCAGAUGAAGGCGAUACCAUAUUGUGUCCAACGCCCUCCUUUGGACGUUUCCUUAACGAUAUAGGAGAUGUGGCUGGCGUUCGUUUCUACAAAGUUCCAAUGUUUGAGGAGUGUGACACUGGAGAUGCAGCCGAAUUCCAUAUAAGUAUCAUUGAAAAGUACUAUAAACAAGCUGUAAGCGAGGGUCACACCGUGAAAGGGGUUAUACUGUGUAAUCCUCAAAAUCCUACAGGAAAGGUUUACACGAAAGCCGACGUCUCCAGUCUACUGGACUUUUGUGCAAGUAAAGAAAUCCACAUCAUUGUCGACGAAAUAUAUGCUCUGUCGUGUUACGACAAACCACAGUUCACCAGUGUACUUCAGUGUGAUAUUCCUGAUCCGAAUCGUACACACUUCCUGUGGGGAUUCAGUAAGGAUCUGUCAUUGUCAGGAUACAGAUGUGGGAUGAUAUACACCCCAAAUACACAACUACUGGAUUACCUUCGAAAAGUUUCCAUGUUCUGCACAAUUCCUGCUCCUGUUCAGAUCAUUUUAAAUGGCAUUAUUUCUGACACAGAAUGGCUCGACACAGUUUACUUCCCUAUAUACCAAAAGCGUCUUCGAGAAAAUUUUGAAAUCGCGCGUGCUGGUUUAGAAAAGCUUGGGAUACCAGUCUACAAAGGAACCGCCGGAAACUACAUCUGGAUGAAACUAACCAAGUAUCUACCAAACAAGACAACUGAAGAGGAAAUCGCCUUGUUCCAAAAGAUACUACAAGGCGGAGUGUACUUGUGUCCUGGUAGUGAAAUGUUCUGCCAUUACCCCGGAUGGUUUCGUCUUACCUUCACCACUUACAAAGACCACGUGAUAGAAGGUUUGAAGAGGAUGGAACAUGUCCUGUCCACUUGUUGAUUCCUGAGAGUAUGCUGUGUUUCACGUCAGUUCAUCGACAUAAAGUAUUAAUGAAUUGACUGUACCUUGGCCAAGCAUGCUUUCGUAGGAAGACCCACAUGAACAUACCUAGAUACUGCCUUAGGUUUGAUCUUAUAUAUGUACUUAUAGCCCUCAAAAUUAAAACAAUCCUUUAAAUUCAAAGAUUAAUAAAUAAGUGUUGGCUGUUCAGGCAAUGUCAUUUCGGACAACAUUUUGUUACAGGCUAAUAAUUCAAAAGCUGCUUUCAUAAACAACAGCAGAGCAAUAGUUCUAGGAAACUCAUCUGAAUUGAGUAUUCUUGUACAUCCGGUUUUCCUAGCACUUCCUUUCAAGUUGUCGUGUAUCGCCACGUCCUUCCUAAGUUUACGCAAUCAUUAUCCAAUUUUAUUGGCGGCCUCCUUGUUGCACAAACAGACGACAAGAACAUUUACUGAACGCUCCUAUCUUACUAAACAUAAUUUAUGACAAAAAAAGCAAAGGACGAUGGUUUGUAUCAUUUUUCUAUUUUCAUAAUUGUGACCUUUUGCUAUUGUGUGACACCUAUUUAUUUUGUGUGUGUGUUUUUGUUGUUGAUAAUCUUUGCCCGAAUGUAAUCAUUAUACUACAUUCAUACAAUUACAUAAUUUAUACAUUUUGACCGGAGCUAAUUUUUAAUGAAGUAAUGUUAUAAGAAAAAUGGCCACCAUGAAGUUUUUGCUAUUGAGUCAUAGGUCACUAUUUAAUUUUGUUUAACGUUUUUAUUUUCCAUCAUUUGAAAACAGUUUGUCGUGAAUAGAAAUUAUUGAAACAAAGAGUUUGAUGUCUUUAUUGAUGUUUCUUUCACUUUGAUAAUUUCCGUUGAUCUUUAUGAAAAUUCGACCAUGAUUCUUACAUCAAGUCUGUCUCUCUUGUUCUUCUAUGCCACUUCAAACUAUUGAUACGUUUUUCAAUGAUGAUCCCACCGACAAUUUUUUUAUAUAUAUUUUUCGUUUGAUCCUUAAUCCAACACGAUUGUCACGGUCUCUGAUUCGUUAACUUUGUAACUACAAUAACCUUUCAAAAUAUAACAUAGACAUUAAUAUUCCACAACUUCCGCCAAAUUUGUAAGCGGAAAUGCAUAUUUUAAAUAGUUAUCAGAGAUCAAAGGUCACCAUAUGCUAUAUGGAUUUAUGAACCUACAAAUUCUUCUUAAGUCAGGGGAGGUUUAGAAUCUGAGACGUUAGGCUUUAUGAUACUUUAUGUAAGAUGACUUCUGUGAUUGAUCUCGAGAGACUCGCAUCUGCCAUGUACUCGUCAACUUAAAGUAUUUGAGGAAGGAGUUAAUGGCCUGUACUUAAUAAACAUAUUAAUCUUUAUUCAGCAUUGCUACUGAAAUGCAUGGAUAUAUGUAACUAGCUGUCUCUUUAUCAUGCGACUCAAAUAAUCUUAUUAUAUAUAUAUCUGAACUUGCCUGCCGUUGUUAUUUAAGAUUUUUUAAACACCAAAUCACGUGGUAACCCACAUGGGAAAUAAAAACACACAGUGGAAAUAUACGGGACUACUCACAAAUAAGUUUCCGGAAAAACAACCCGAUGCAACAAUUUGAUCAAAUUACCUAUACAUAUGCAACACUGGUGAAGUUAAAAGAUUGUUAAUUAUCAUGUUAGAAGAUGAAAAAGAUUAAAUCGUAAUUAUCUCCCAUAAAGUUAGGUGGGGUUUUCUUUUGUGGCGAUUACCAAGUUGAAAGGGAUGGACCGCAAUGCAUUUGUUUAUAUAUAUAUAUAUCAAACGGAGAGUUUGAGUCCGAAUCAUGAUCAUAGUGUCCUUACAAGGGGAGUUAACUAGAAUUGAUUCUUAAUUUGAGUUAACUGCCUUCAAACGGUUCUCAGCAUGGUGCGAUUUUCAGCACAGGAUAUUGUUUUCAGCUUUGAAAUUCUUGUCCUGUUCACAAGUUCUGGAAAGCUAAGGACAUAUGACUAGCUGAAUAAGAGGACUAUGAUAAUUGUAAAAAUAUAUUAAGUUGCCAGUCUUUCAAGUAUACAUUGUACAUGGAUCAAAUUUAUGUUUAAACAUUCUUCGAUAGAAAUCAAUUAUGCAAACAAUUUCAUAUAUCCAAAAAGAAAAUGUGCACAAUUUCAUUUAUAUGAAAAGGGAUGUUUAAAGGCAUUUCACUACAUUUCAAAGAUGACAAACGCACAAAAACCAAACCUGUACUAUAGAUUUUAUUCCCUGGAAAAUCAAAAGAGAUACGUAUUUUUAUGAUAUUAUGAUGCAAGCAUCCUGAUAUUUGAUUUAGAAAUUACAAUUGAAAAGAGUUCGUGAUCGCAAAUGCUGCACAAAACAACAAGACAAAUUAUUCUGUCAUAUACAAAGACAGAUUCAUAUCUUACACGCGUGUCUCAUCACCUUUCAAAGUCGCACUCACAGAAUGAUCAGAACUACAUACAUCCCACUCCAAUUCUCUCGACAUUACAAACAUACUUCGAGAUACAUAGUACAUAAUUGUACAAUCCACGGACAUAAUUAGCAAUUAUGGUAGAUACCACUUCAUACAUCGAGGUAUAUGUUACAUAUUGCGUGACAAUGGUAUCAUGGGUAUACUAUGAUAUGUUUUGAAAUUUAUGGUACAUUCUUCAUGAUUCGUGAUUAUGGAAUAAACCACGGAUACACAUUAUAUUAUUUUUUUAUUAACACUGAAUUUCAAUCUGCAAUUAAACAGAAAUUUCUACUUUAACAAGUGAUUUGUCAAUAAUUUUCUGCAGUUCAAAAUAAUGCAAUUUGACAACAUGU